AUGAAAUGUCUUUUGGUAUUAUCCGCGGCCAUUUGCGCCGGCGCAUCCAGCUUGAACAUACCGGACGGCCAUCCCCUGGUCAAUUGGCGACCAGCUGGCCCGGGCGAUGUUCGAUCACCUUGUCCUAUGCUGAAUGCUCUUGCCAACCAUGGUAUCCUCCCGCAUGAUGGCAAGAACAUCACCCAAGAGCAAACCAUCAAUGCCUUGAAAUCCUCCAUCAAUCUUAACGAGGACCUUGCCAAAACACAAUUCGAAGCAGCUCUGAUGACGAACCCCAAUCCUCACGCUAGCACAUAUUCUCUCGAUGAUCUAUGCAGUCAUGGCAUUUUGGAGCAUGACGCGAGCUUGAGUCGACAAGACUAUUACUUCGGAAACGAUCAUACUUUCAAUCAAGCUAUUUUCGACCAGACUCGAUCCCACUGGACGGGCUCGUUCAUUGAUGUGGAGCAAGCGGCUCGUGCUCGCCAGGCUCGUGUGGAUAUGUCCAAUGCUACAAACCCGGAUUUCGAUUUGUCGGGGGAAGCUUUGAGCCUUACUUACGGAGAGUCUGCUGCGUACAUUGUUGUAUUUGGCAACAAGUCUUCCGGAAUCGUGAACAAGUCCUGGGUUGAGUAUUUCUUUCAGUAUGAGCGACUCCCAACAGCGCUUGGUUGGACCAAGAAUGAGGACGAAGUUACAUCGUCCGACCAGCAAGCCAUAGCACAGAAGAUAAUCGACGCGACGAACAACCAUGCCGAAGAAAAGUGUGUUGUCGCGAAACGGAGUGACCAUCACAUGGGUCAUAAGACGAGGGGACAUCACCGAUGA